AUGGAUGCAGUUUUAGCAAACGAAGCUGAUCUUAAUUCCAUUGUCAAAGAAUAUUUGGAUUAUCUUGGAUAUUCGAGGACAUCAUCUGCAUAUGAAGAUGAGUUAAAUUCGCUGGGAAAACAAUUAAAUCAGGUCAUUACGCCAAGGAAUGACUCACAGAAAACUGAAAUUCAGGAGAAACUGUUGUCAGAUCUUUCUGAUGGAAGAUAUACUGAGUUUUUCAGAAUAUGGGAGGAUUGUAUCCCUGAGAAUGUUCAAGAAACUGAUCGUGUCUGCCAGAAGCUGGUUUUCAACAUAAAUAUUUACUUUGCACUCUAUCCUAUUAUCCAUGGUAACCACAACAAGCAAGAAUUGGAGCGAUCGAUGCAAAUUUUCAAGUCUUAUCUCGAAACUAAAGGAGCUGCUUUGAGCCAGACAACAGAGUUCCUUCCAUAUUAUGCAUUGCCAUUUAUUCCUGACCCUACAUCACAUCCAUCUUUUAAACCACUGUUUGCCAGUUCUUGGUGUUCUGAUCUUAAGAGAGAUGUGCAAGCAUUUCUUGUGGCAACUCUUAAGGCAGAGGAAAAGCCACAGCUCUUUACUUUGUUCAUGAGGAAUUCCACAGAGAUGGAGAAAGAAAGGAAACUGCAUAAUGAACAACUCAAGAAACUACAACUUCAGCUGACAGNUAUAUCCAAGUGCCGCCACGAAAACAAGUUUUAUCUAAACAACAGUUAA